GCUCGACAGGCAGAUACACGGACUGAAUAACGUGUUUUUAUUGAUUUGAACCACCCAGAUUUAAUUUGUUUUCUGCCAUUUAAGAUGAUGCACAGACGGUGCAUUAUACAAAGCUGCGGCUUUGUCCUUUUCUUUGUUGUGGUGCAGUACGCACACGGAGACCUGAGCUAUUCGGUACAGGAGGAGCUGAAGCGCGGAUCUGUUAUUGGGAAUAUCGCUAAGGAUCUCGGACUGGAAGUGGGCCGACUGUCCGCUCGCAAAGCUCGCGUUGACAUGGAGGGAAACGAAAGACAGUAUUGUGGAAUUAAUCUUCGAAGCGGGGAAUUGUUGGUUGCGGAAAGAAUAGACCGAGAGGAGCAUUGUGGAGAAAAGCCUUCCUGCGUUCUGAAAUUCGACUUGCUAUUAGAGAAUCCUUUGGAGUUACACCGGUUGUCUCUGCAGGUGCAGGACGUGAACGACAAUUCUCCAAUUUUCCCAAAGGAUACCGUAAAGCUGGAAAUACGAGAGUCAGCUGWCAGGGGAGCCAAGUAUCGCAUUAACGCAGCUCACGAUGCAGACAUAGGCAAGAAUUCAGUUGAAAGCUACAUUUUGGAACAAAACCCUCACUUCGUGUUUAGUAUUCAGACGACAGGUACAGGCAAUAAGUAUGGUGAAUUGGUUUUAAAUAAGGAGCUAGACCGAGAGGAGCAACAGGAAAUGAAAUUAAUGCUCACGGCUGUGGAUGGCGGCUCUCCUCAGAGAUCCGGGACUGUAGUGAUACACGUCAUUGUACUAGAUGCUAAUGAUAACGCCCCGGUGUUUACUGAGGCCGUUUAUUCAGCCGCAUUACCAGAAAACUCACCUUUGAAAACUAAAAUUAUCACCGUGAGUGCAUCAGACGCAGACGAAGGUGUCAAUGGAGAGGUCACAUAUGAAUUUAGUCGACUCUCUGAUAAAUCCAAAAAKAUGUUUUCACUGGAUGAGAAAACGGGAGAAAUCAGUGUGACAGGUGAGGUAGAUUAUGAGGAGGGAUCCAAAUAUGAAGUGUUUGUUGAGGCUAAAGAUGGUUAUGGGCUGUCUUCAGAAGCAAAAGUGAUUAUUGAUAUAACUGAUGUGAAUGACAACGCUCCAACUCUGAGGAAAAGUCCUUCUGACUUUGCUGAUGCCUUUGGAGACUGUGAUUCUUCUCCUGAGGUGAUUCAGAAUUCCCGUGGAGACAGACACUCGGUGCUAAAGUUUGGUUGA